GUGCAGAAUUAGGCUGUGAUCCUUAAUAAGUGCACACAAGGACACACUACUAAACACAUUCUCAUUAUGGCUGCUUAUUGGGGAGUACUGUUGGCUUACCUGAGUUGGGUACGGUUUGGGGCACCUCAGAGAGCUCCAGCAAACUCCUUCUACUAUCAAUGCAACAGCACCUCUGUGAGUUUGGCAGUGAGGAUUGAUCCUCUUGGAACAGGACAGCUGCUGGAUCCUUCCAAUGUAUAUCUGGGCCAAUGCCAUCCUUCCAGCACCACAGUGCUACGAGGAUACCUUGUGUUUGAAUACAAUCUAAGGGAUUGUGGCUUCUCCCGUUUAACCUAUGGGAAUACUGUGACAUAUUCCGUAGACUUGGUUUACGUGUCAUCUGGUAUCAGUUUUCAGAGAUUUCCGCAGCCAUUCCGAGAACAGAUAAUCUGCAACUUCACAAGAUCACUGAGUCCUACCCCAUCCAACCUCAUGGCAGAAUCCCAGUUGUCCGGGGAAGGAAGCUUACUAUUCUCUGGCCAGUUCAUGAAAGAUGACUUCUCUGGACCAUCUGAUGUAAAAGUGUUCACGCUGGGUGCUUCUAUUUUUGUGGAGCUGUCUGUCUUUCCUGGACUACACCUGCCCCUUCGGAUUUAUGUGGAUGAGUGUACAGUAGCUCCUACUGACAGUCUCAGCAGUGCAAAGGAAACCUACAGUCUCAUCCAAAAUCAUGGGUGUUUUGUGGAUGGAAAAGAGGCUGCAUCUACAUAUCUGGCCCGUCCUGCUCCAUCGUCUAUCAGACUGUCCUUUCAGGCCCUGAGCUUUAAAGAUCUUGAUACAGAUCUCUUUCUUCACAUUCAGGUUGUAGUCUGGGAUCCUAAAGAUGUGAGUGACCCCAGCAGGAAGGCAUGUUCAUAUCUCAUAGAUUCUGCCAGAUGGGUACUUCUGGAUAAUCCCAGUGACCAAUCCUUGUGUAAUUGUUGUGACUCAAUCUGUAGACCUCGGUCAUCCCGAAGGAGGAGGCAUGUCAACGGUGAUGACAUGGAGGAAGUUGGCUUGGUUCACAAAAUGGUCUUGGGACCUUUCAGGGUGGAUAACUCAGUAAAUGGAAGUCAUACAAUGGACCGGAAUCUAUAUAGACCAACAGCAAGUAAAGGCUUCAUUAUACCACCUGCUGUUGGUGCUCUCUUGCUAGAGGUGGCUGUUCUGCUGGUGAUGUCUGUAGGAGUUGUCAUCUACAGCCGUACAACUAAGAAGAACCCAGAGGAGACUGACACAAAGAGCCUUAUUAGUGAAAUUAAGCAAUGAUUUUUGCAUGUGCUUAAAUAGGCUGUACACGCAGUUGUUGUUGUAAGAUGGUACAAAACAUCCUCACUGGCUGUAUGUAAAACCAUGUAGUGCACUGAUUUUUCUGUAUCAAGAAGAAAGACUGAAAAUGGUAUAACACAACUGUAGGACUAAUCCAUCCCUCAAUACCUUCUACUAAAUAAACUAUACACAAAUAUU